CUGGAACUUGAAUACCUCGAAUCGUCAAAUUGUUGAAUUGAAGAAAAUCACGUGGGCAUCUACGGUCCUAGACAUUAAUCUCAGUAGCCCACAAAUUUAGUUUAAUUUCAAUUAUUGAUAGUAUUUUGAUGAAAAAGUAUGGUUGGGAACAUUUUCGACCUUACCAGUCUCUAUCACCCUCCAUUAUACAUCCUCCUAUAUAAGAAAUCUCCAAACACAUCAGUCUCCUAAACUCUUAAAAAAAGCUCUCUUUGUGGAUCACGAAACUAUACACAAAUUCACACAUAAAAUUUAGAAAAUAUGGGAGGCACAAAAUUGACCCAUGUGACCACCACUAACCCUAAUAACUCCAACAUUCAUGGACCAGUCGUAGACGAAGUAGAAGGCCUUAUUAAAGUUUACAAAGAUGGCCACGUGGAACGAUCCCAGCUCUUGCCAUGUGUUGAUCCCUCACUACCCCUCGAGCUCGGCGUGACUUGCUCCGAUGUUGUUAUAGACAAGUUGACCAACGUAUGGGCACGUCUCUAUGUCCCGAUGACCACGACCAAGUCGUCGGUCUCUAAGCUCCCUUUGAUUGUUUACUUCCACGGUGGAGGAUUCUGCGUCGGCUCGGCUUCUUGGUUGUGUUACCACGAGUUCUUGGCUAGAUUGUCCGCUCGCUCGCGGUGCUUGGUUAUGUCUGUAAAUUACCGUCUAGCCCCAGAGAACCCUCUUCCAGCAGCUUACGAAGAUGGGGUCAAUGCCAUUCUUUGGCUCAACAAAGCAAGAAACGAUAACUUGUGGGCCAAGCAAUGUGACUUUGGCAGAAUAUUCUUGGCAGGAGAUAGCGCUGGAGGCAACAUCGCGCAGCAAGUCGCGGCAAGAUUAGCAUCCCCCGAAGAUCUAGCACUGAAGAUAGAAGGAACCAUCCUGAUCCAACCUUUCUACAGCGGAGAGGAGCGUACGGAGAGUGAGAGGCGCGUGGGGAACGACAAAACAGCGGUGCUGACACUGGCGUCGUCCGACGCAUGGUGGAGGAUGUCUUUGCCACGUGGUGCAAACAGAGAGCAUCCUUAUUGUAAACCUGUGAAGAUGAUCAUCAAGUCGUCGACGGUGACAAGGACGCUGGUGUGCGUGGCCGAGAUGGAUCUGCUCAUGGACAGCAACAUGGAGAUGUGCGAUGGUAAUGAGGACGUGAUCAAGCGCGUGUUGCACAAAGGCGUUGGUCACGCGUUUCAUAUUCUCGGAAAGUCUCAGCUUGCUCACACCACAACUCUGGAGAUGUUGUGCCAGAUCGACGCUUUUAUCCACCACUACGAUCCCUUAAAUUAGUUCUGUAUUAGUAUAUAUUAUUUUUCAUUGUAGCUCAUAGUAUAUGUUUGUAUCUUAAGUACCAAAAAGGUUUUUGUGUUGUAUAUAAUAUAGUUACUAUACUCUUUAGGGAUUCCUACAAGAUGUAAGUUUUAGGAAUUCAUAUGCUUAUCGGUUAUAGAUCAUCUAGUCAUUUAAAAAAUCAUCAUCAGAUCAAUAAAUAAUUCGUUUAC